GCAAUUGGCACUUUAUCACACCUAGCGUUAUCACAGGGGACAAUGAAAAGCUGUGACCUUAUUGGCAGCUUGUCACGCCUUUGACAGUGACCAGUUGUUCAAAUUAAGUUAAUCAAUGCGCCAACUGUCCUGCGCAUCCCCUGACUUAGAAUUCAAACAUUGGUCACCAAUCAGAGGCCAAAUGGCGUGGCCUCCGUAGACGUGGAUGAAAUAGCAUGAUGUUAUAUAGCAGAUUUGACAAACCACUGGACAUUUCCUCUUCAACACAGCUGAACAUGCAAAUCGUCUGAUGCACGCAUUCUAUCACCGGAUACUUUGCCGAUCUCUAUCAAGACCCUGACCAAGCUACGAGUCUGCUUUUUCUGGUUGCGUCUUCGUCUUAAAUAAUGGGCUUAAAUUUCUUCAGUCGUCCCUGGGCUUUUGGCUUGUGCUUUGCCCUUUUCACCUGCUUCCAAGUGACCGUGGGGCUGUACAUUGCUGGCGUCCUCACCACCUUGGAGAAGCAGUACCGGAUAACCACCUCGGUAGCUGGAUUGGUGCUCUCCACCAGUGACUUCGCCAGUCUCAUCUCGAUCCCUUUGGUGUCGUACAUCGGUGACAGAUGGCACAGGCCACGCAUCGUCGGCGUGCUAGGGGUAAUGACGGCAGUCGGUGGGUUCUUGAGUGGGGUCCCGCACUUCUUAUACCCGGCUUACAGAGAGGGAGACACCCUGCCAAGUGGUAACAGCACAGGUUCCAGCGUAUUUGUUUGUGAUGCGACGAGAGAGGAUGAAACAUGUUCCGCUGAUGACAUCAGUCAAUCUGGCUCCAGGAUUCAUGAGAUGUGGGCUUUAUUGCUGGGUCAAGCUCUCAUGGGCCUGGCCUACGGGCCAGUGUUUCCGAUUGCUCUGACCUAUAUUGAUGAUCAAGUUAAAGGAACAACCACACCCUACUACAUUGCCGGUAUCCUGACGGCUGGUACAAGCGCUACCCUGGUCGGGUAUGGAGAGGGUUUCCUGUUCCUAAGCUUGUUCGUCGACUGGCCGCAGCAGUACGACGGCACCAAGGAGUGGCUGGGCGCAUGGUGGAUGGGUUUCAUCGUGACCUCAGUCAUCCUCUUGCUCCUUUCUAUUCCUUUCUUCUUCUUCCCAAAGGAGAUGGAUGUGGAAAUAAAAGAGGAAGACAUCCCAAAGGAGAAGUUAGCCUUGGAAGGAAAAGGCGAUAAUAAAAUCUCUGUCAAAGAUUUUCUUGUCGCAUCCAAACGACUCGUCACCAACUUCGUGUUCAUGGCGCUGUUGGUAGGAAGUAUCUUCGAUCUAGCGAUAGCUGCCUCCUUUGGCUUCUUCCUGGCAAAAUUUCUCCAGAUUCAAUUUAACAUACCGGCAGCCCAGUCUUCCUUAUUUGUUGGUAUUAUCAUUACGCCUGGGGCCUUCCUUGGCAACAUUGUUGGUGGAUUUCUGGUCAAGAAGCUCAACUUGGAUUCCAAAGGCUGCGGCAAGGUUGUUCUGACACUCGGUGUGAUAGUUAUGUGCUGCAUACCAGUCGUAUACUUCCUUUCAUGUCCUGAACCAACUUACGCCGGCAAUAUGAACGGGGUAAUCAGCACAACCAACCCGUGCAACGAAGAUUGCAAAUGCUCCGCCGGGCGAUAUGAACCAGUUUGUGGCCAUGACGGACUGGUAUACGCCACACCGUGUUUCGCUGGCUGUACUGGCAAGCAGGAAAAUCAGACAGACGACCCCAAUGUCAAUCUCACGGUCUACACUGGAUGUUCUUGUAGCUCAGCCAAUUCAACGGAUGAUUUCUCAAAACAGGCGGUAGCGGGUUCUUGUGAGCAGACAUGUAACAUGGUGUAUUACGCUGCAGUUUUCCUCUUCUGCUGUGUCAUAUUUGGGACGCCUGCCAAGAAUCCCUUGCUUAUGAUGACAAUGAGGAGUGUUGGAGACGAUAAGACCUACGCUCUCGGAAUACAGUCUCUGUUUGGUCGAGCUUUAGGGUUCCUACCAGCUCCGCUGUACUUUGGUGCUGCGAUCGAAGGCGCCUGUAUUCUAGAUCGAAUCGAGUGUGGCGUCACUGGUGAUUGCCUCAUCUACAACGCUCAGCUCUUCCGCAUAACCUUCCUCGGAAUUUUCUUCAGCAUGAAAGUUGGAUCGUGGAUAUGCUACGUCGCCGCCACGGUGGGAGUGUUCAGAAAUGCCCGGAAGGAAAAAGAACGGGAAGACCAUGCAGAAGAACUUAAGGACGGAGCUAUGCAGAACGGCCUCAACGGACACGACAACAAAGGCUACGAGAUCGACUGCGAGGUGGGGACCCAGACCGAUUUCACCAGUCUGUGAGGCAAUCGUGACCCGUCAGCUUAUCAGCCUGCUCGAAGGAAGCUUUUACAACAGUGACCCCUGCCCAGGCCAAUCAACGACAUUCCGUGUGCCUAAACCUAAAAUGGAAAUAAAUCUUGGCGAUAAUACAGUUUCCCCUACUGGUUUAGAGGUGUAUUCCCAAAUGAACAUCACAUAACCAGCAAAACGAUAAGGAAUUAGACCAACUGAAAAGACUGGUUUAAAAAAGGACUGCGUUUUUGAAAACAAAUGGACAAGUCGUAUAACCAUAUGGCACGAAAUGAAAUUCUUGUAAAAGAAGCAAAAUGUCACCCACCAUGCCCAAACCAGGCUGAAGUAGGUAACGUCAUAACCCUAAAGUAGUGGAACUUCCACUGUUCAGAUUUACAGGGGAGUUUUGAAGCUAUCACUACCCAUACGAAGUUUACUGCAGACAGAAUUUUGAUUUAACGUGGAUCACUUUAAAGUGAAAAAACUUGAAGAAGAGGAAUUGUCCAGUAUCACAAAUACUGACUUCAGCCUGGUUUGGGGAUGGUGGGUCACAAAUAACAAAGAAAACUUUAGCUCUGCAAAACGUUAGGUUUCAAAGUCUGGUAAAGCUGUCAAAAAGCAUUGGUGGUUUUCAAACGAGUGACCCAAAUGUUAUUGAAGCAAAAAUCAUCACUCGUAUCUCCAAAACCACGACGAAAAACACAGCCAUGCUAAACGCGACCAAUAAAAUGAGAAAUGACCGUUAUUUAGAAAAUGUUGCUUGAGACCGGUAGCAGGGCAUUAUGUAUCGAAUGUUUACCUCCUUGUGUAUAAUGUAUACCUAUGUAGAAAUAAAUCUGGAAUUGGAUAAGGAACUGCCUUCAAAAUUAACCUUACCUUCUAUAUGAAAGAUGAUUUUUUUUUCUAAGAGUCAGGGAGCUCACAGAUACCUGAAUGACGUUUUACAAUUGAAGCUCAACCCGAAAAUAACAAAUAUUGAUGAUUCGGCCUCUCACAAAACAUAUUUCCUUAAUCACGAGCUCUGUAUACACAAUAAUUAGAUAAUUGGUGACCGCCAACUCCGUCAAAUAUUACUCAACCCAUUCAUGGUCUUGUAGUUUGAAUCCAAACUCGAGCCACUUUAGUAACUUUGGAUCAAAAUGGGACCAAAUAUCCAGAGCUUCUUCCUGGAAAAAUGCUUAAUUCUUUUACAAUCUUUUGGGCCUUCUUCGUCAUUUUUUUUAAUUAACUCUGUCGAGCCUUUUCCUUUCGUUCAACUUCACUUUUUCUUUUUCUAAAAUAAUUGGGCACAUAAAGGUGUUUUAUUUUCUUUAACACAGCUGAUUCGAAUUCUAUAUUUACACGUAUAUUCCGGCAUUAGGCUUCUUUCUUUAAGUGAGAAUGUCUAUAUAUUGGGUGUUUCUAAUGUAAUAGUCUCUUAAAUUUCAAUAUGCAAUUCAAUAUGUAAGAGAAAGUUACGUUUACGUCGUUUAUUGUAUGAGCUUGAAAUUGAAGAUUUGUCGUUUCUUUUAUGUACAUUUAUUUGACACAUUAUUAUUCAAGCAUAUAUUUUCCGGUCAGCUUUUUGAAAUAAUAUUCGAAACUUGAAUUGUAAAUUUGAAUUUUACUAUGAUCACCGUACCUGCAGUUAUAAAUCUUACGUCGAAUCAAUUUGGUCAUUACUAUAUUUGAGUAGUAGAGUCUCGACCACUGUUCUUGAAAUUGACAUAAAAAACUAAGUUCAAGGCUUUUCAUUUCUUGUUUCUUGAAAGAAGAAUCACUUCUUUAGUUUUGCCAAUGCAAUUUACUAAUUUUGCCUGACUAAUGAGAGGUACAACUUCGCAAAAAUGGUUCCUUCAGAAUAAUGCAAAUGAAUUAGUAUUACUUGAGUCGAGAAUCACCGUAUCUAGUUCACUGUGUCAUCCGGGCCCCACAUACAGAAGUACUUUCGAUGAAAAGUAAACGCUUUUUUUAUUUUGAUAUCUUCGUUUUUGUCACUCUGAGUAACAGAUAUCCUUCGUAAUGAUGCUAGAGUCUGGAAUGAAGAAAUCUAGUGAAAUGUUGGAUAUUGACUCCAACGUAUGUCAAAUUAUGACCACCAAUGAUGCAGUACAUAAAGCGUUUUUCCCAAAAGAUAUUUCAACUAUUUCCUUUCUUUUCCUUUUCGUCACUAAAACUUUUAUCUUGCCAGUUAUCGCUAAGGUGCCUAGUGAUCCCAUUUUUCUGCGCAAUGUACAUGCCUAAAUGCGUGAUACCUCUAUUAAAAUACAGGUCACGAAGUUGCAAUAUUCGUAGUUUU